UGGAGAAGCUUACCAUGGAAGUUGUCCAAAGUCCUCUCCUGCCUUCUCCCAACCCCCAACCGAUUUUCCACUACGCUACUGUUUCGUAGUGUCUCCUCAAUUGAGGAACGAAAAUGGCGAACUCUCAGUCCGAUUUGAAGACUUUCAGCGUCCGGAUUGUGUCGAUGGACUAUUACAUGUCCCCUCCUAUCCCCGGCCUCGACAUAUCUUAUAGCAGUUUCCAGGGUGGGAAGGUGAAUGAAGUACCUGUUAUAAGAGUGUAUGGGUCGACUCCGGCUGGUCAAAAGACUUGCUUGCACAUUCAUGGAGCUCUACCUUAUUUUUAUGUUCCAUGCUCAGAUCUCUUCCUUCAACCUGAUCAAGAAGGUGAAGAAUGCACACGUGGCAUAUCCCAUGCUCUUGAGAAGGCACUAAAGCUUAAAGGCAAUGUGGCCUCAAAACGUCAGCAUGUGCACAGUUGCAGUCUUGUCCGAGCAAAAAAGUUCUAUGGUUAUCAUUCUUCAGAGGAACUAUUUGUGAAGAUUUAUCUCUACUAUCCACAGGAUGUCUCUCGUGCUGCUAAUCUUCUUCUGGGUGGAGCUGUGCUAGAUAGGGUUUUACAGCCCCAUGAAUCGCAUAUACCAUUUCUUCUCCAAUUCAUGGUUGAUUAUAACUUGUAUGGGAUGGGUCAUUUACAUGUGUCAAAGAUGAAAUUCCGCUACCCAGUUCCAGAUACUUUCUCCCCAAGGAAGUCAAAUCACAAUGAGCCAAAGAGAACUAUUAUGGAUAUUCCUGCUAACACUUCUGCAGAUUUUCAGGCAGAUUCAGGUUAUGAUCCAUAUUCGGAUCCACCAAUUUGGAUAUCAUCCACUAUUCCAGAUGGUUGGGUCUGGCUGUACUCUAGUCAAGAUGAUUCUUCCUCUGAUCAAGCUCUUCCUGCCAUGAAGCGUUCAAGUACUUCUGCACUUGAAGGAGAUGCUGUUCUUGAUGCAAUUCUCAAUCAACAAUUUUUAUCAUACACAUCCCUUUCACAGAAAUGUUCUAAAGUAAGAAUGAUUCAAUCACUGAUACCAAUCUGGGAGGAGUUUGAAAGGAAUGGGAUGCAUGAGUUGGUCUUACCUCCUGAUCCAGGGAAACCACUUCCUGGGGAUGUUUUGAGGAUACUUUCCAAUGGAAUUGGAUUUGAAGAUAUUUUUCUGGAACCUGAUAAUGUGACUGCUUUAUGUUUUCAUUCCCAAUCAAUAAACUCAUCCACAGAAGAGGGGAAACCAUUUCAAGAUGAUGAUUUGGGGAAAUCAAAUGAGAAGACGAAUGCAUAUCCAAGCCAACUGUCAACUGAAUGUUUGGAAAUAUCCAACAACAUUCAAUCAUCUUCAGGUGUUAAGGUUUCAGAUCAUGAUGCUUUGGGGAUUCUGAAUUGGCUUGCAUCUUCUCAAGCUGCUGAAGAUAUAAACUCAGAUGAUGACCUUGCUCGUGAGACCAUUUUGAGUCCCUUAAUGCCUUCAACAACCUUAGAUAAGGUUUUAGAGAAAGCCCAUGUGGAUUAUGAAAAUGAAUCUCAACAAGAGUGUGAGGACAUCCUUGAUACUGUACAGGAUAGAGCUAACAUCGAGGGAUUCGAUGGGAGAGCUGCUGAUUUGAUUGAUUCUAAUCAUUCAUGCGAGACUUCUUCAUACAGAAUGAUACCUCAAGUGGAUGGAUCUUCUGAUAGUUUUGAUGCAUUUUCAUGUGCUGGUAAGUCACACCAUGAAUCUGGGGCCCCUUCAGGAACUGAUUCAUGGCAUGAUGCUCAUUUGGCUAUGAUCAGUAACCGGAAAAAGAGAAGACAGAAGUGGGGCUCUUUGCCUGUUUCAUCUGGUCAGAGAACGAAUGAUCUUUCACCUUCUACUGCACUAAGCACAAUCAGCAGAUGUGGCAAUCACAUAAAAGAUGAUUCAGGAUUGCCUAAUAGUGUAGGAAGUGGAGCAAACUUAUCUCCCAGUAUAGUAAAGGGAUCAACCAAAGAGAUAAUGAUUAACUGCUCUAUGCGGGACCUGAUGAGAAAGAAACGUUACUACCAUGCUGAACCAUCUGAAUGCAGGACUCAGAUAAAAAAAUCCCCAUCUGUUGAGGAAGACAAAGGUUCACUUUAUAUUGGACAGACGCUUGAUGAGCAAUACAAAAUCCCCUUUGCUUACUCCAUGAACAUGAAUUCGGGUGCUAUUCAGCAGAGAGAAUGUGAUGAGACUAACUCAUGUACUGCAUUUCAGAUGCAUUAUGAACCUUAUGAUGCCAAAACUGACAAUUUGGCAAAUGGUAAGUUGCCUAUUUACUCUGGUGAUUGCAAUACAUUGCCAAGAGACUCAUCAAAUGUUGAACCAUGCCAUUCUUUUGAAGGAAGUGAUGUUCGGGGAGUUAGUGAAGCAGGUGUAGAUUUGCAGAACAGUGGAUUUAGUGGUGCACCACUAUUGAAUAAGAAAACUGAUCCAUCAGAGCAAUAUUCUCAUAUUAAGAGUUCUGUGUGUGCAGUUCAGAUAAAACAUUGUGCAUCUAAUGGUUGUGAAAAUAUGGACAUCAGUAUUAACAGUACUAAACCUUUAACUACUGAUGUUGUUUAUUCUGAGUUUGUUCCACAUGCUCAAUCAUCAGAACUUGCAAGUGAGAAUAAAUCUUCUGGUGGUGAGAAAGUGCUCCGACGUGAUGCAAUUGAUUCAAGUUGCCUAUCUUCUUCAAUUGGAGGUGUAACUUUUAAGGAUGGAGCUGCAACUUGUGCAGAAGUAGAUCAUCUACAAAUGACUGAUAAGACUGGUUUUACUGCCCAUAAGAGAAGUAAUGAUGGAAUUUUUUCUCAGAAAGGAGCUCCUGAUGAACUUCGUCCUUUCUUUGGGAUGGAUUGCCUGGUAGAAGGAGAUUGUUACACUAGUAGAACAUUGGACCAUAACCAAGGAGGUCUAUUGGGUGUACCUAUCCACUAUCAAAAUGAUGGUUCCUAUCUAUUCAUGUUGACCCCUGUCUUUAGACCACCACAAACCAAAUGUGUUGAGAGAUGGCUGACACUUGAUUCCACAGAUGUUUCUGAAGAGAACAAAGUUGUAUGUCCAGCACUUGCUCCAUCAAUUAAGGAAUCCUCUAGUGAGGCAAUAGGCUUGCAGAAUUCUCGGGCUUUGAGUGGUAGUCAGCCUCUGAUAGAAGCUGUGCCUGCGUCAGAUCUAAAGCCUAAUCUAGAUCUGAUAAAUCAGCAGCAUAAAGGAAGUCAUAAUAUGGAAUUGGAGCAUUUUCAUGAUGGUAUCAAAGUAAUUCCACAAUGUAAGGAGGAUAUGUUAAAAUGUAAACCAUCAACUGAUUUCUCAGAGGAUAUAUCUCAGAUAUCAGGCCCGGAUAGAAAAUCAAAGCUCACUCCUCUGAGUCAAAUUGGUUUCCGGGACUCUGCAAGUAUUGGUUGUGGGCAGCAGCUAACAUUAUUGAGCAUAGAAGUCCAAGCAGAAUGUAGGGGUGAUCUAAGACCUGACCCUCGAUUUGAUGCUGUCAGUAUUAUAGUUCUUGUUAUUCAGGAAGAUGAUGACCCUGUAGCUGAUUCUUAUGUUCUCCUGCAUUGCAAUGGUGCACCUGUUCAAAGAAACCUUGAUGGAUUGUCUGGAUGCAAGCUUUUGGGUUUCUCUGAAGAGAGGCACUUGUUUACACAAUUUGUGAAGAUAUUUUCUUGUAUUGAUCCAGAUGUUUUGAUGGGCUGGGAUAUUCAAGGUGGUUCCCUUGGUUUUCUUGCAGAAAGGGCUGCACAUCUUGGUUUUGAUUUGCUAAAUAAAAUUUCUCGUACACCAUCAGAGACCAAUGCAACUUCUAGAUGCUAUGAGGAAGAAAAACUAAGUGAUCUUUUCUCUGAGUCUAUAAUCACUGAUUCUGUGCUUCAUGAUGAUGCUAUGAUAAUCGAUGAUGAAUGGGGUAGAACACAUGCCAGUGGUAUCCAUGUUGGUGGUAGAAUUGUUCUUAACAUUUGGCGUUUGAUGCGUGGUGAAGUUAAGCUUAAUAUGUAUACAAUGGAAACUGUGGCUGAAGCAGUGCUUAGACGAAAAGUUCCUUCCAUUCCUAGCAAGGUAUUGACAAGUUGGUUUUUAAGUGGACCUGGACGUGCCCGAUUUAGAUGCAUAGAAUAUAUUUUGGAUAGAGCAAAGUUGAACCUUCAGAUUAUGACUCAACUUGAUAUGAUAAAUCGGACAUCAGAACUUGCACGAAUCUUUGGCAUUGAUUUUUUUUCAGUUCUCUCACGAGGUUCACAGUACCGUGUGGAAUCUAUGUUUCUAAGACUGGCUCAUACACAAAACUAUAUUGCCAUCUCCCCUGGUAACCAACAAGUAGCUUUUCAGCCUGCGAUGGAAUGUCUGCCUCUUGUAAUGGAACCAGAAUCUGGAUUUUAUGCAGAUCCUGUUGUUGUUCUUGAUUUUCAAUCACUUUAUCCAUCAAUGAUAAUUGCAUAUAAUCUCUGCUACAGUACUUGCCUUGGAAAAGUCACUGCUUCAGAGUCCAAUAUCCUUGGUGUUAGUUCUUAUUCACCUGAUAGAAAUGUUUUACAAAAAUUAAAACAUAAAAUACUUCUAACACCAAAUGGAGUUAUGUUUGUGCCUUCUGAGGUUCGUAAAGGAGUACUUCCCCGCUUGUUGGAAGAACUAUUAUCAACUAGGAUUAUGGUCAAACAAGCCAUGAAGAAGUUAGCUGCUUCUGAGAAGGUACUUCACCGGAUAUUCAAUGCGAGACAACUUGCAUUGAAACUAAUAUCAAAUGUGACCUAUGGUUAUACAGCUGCUGGAUUUAGUGGGCGAAUGCCCUGUGCUGAGAUUGCUGACAGUAUAGUUCAAUGUGGCCGCAGAACACUGGAAAAUGCAAUUUCAUUUGUAAAUACAAAUGAUAAAUGGAAGGCUAAAGUUAUUUAUGGUGAUACUGACAGCAUGUUUGUACUACUCAAAGGACGAUCUCUUAAAGAAGCCUUUCAAAUUGGUCAUGAAAUUGCUUCCGAAGUGUCUGCAAUGAGUCCUAAUCCAGUCACUUUAAAAAUGGAAAAGGUUUACCACCCAUGUUUUCUCAUUACCAAGAAACGAUAUGUUGGCUAUAGUUAUGAGAGUCCUGAUCAGAGCAAACCAAUAUUUGAUGCUAAAGGUAUUGAGACUGUAAGGAGGGAUUCAUGUGGAGCUGUGUGCAAGACAAUGGAACGAUCACUGAGACUCUUUUUUGAGCAUCAUGACAUUGAGAAGGUUAAAUCAUACCUGCUACGGCAGUGGAAAAGGAUUAUGUCUGGCAGAGUUGAUCUGCAGGAUUUUGUUUUUGCAAAGGAGGUGCGCUUAGGUACUUACCGUGCACGGGCUUCUUCACUUCCUCCUGCGGCAAUUGUUGCAACUAAAGCAAUGAGAAUAGACCCAAGAGCUGAACCACGCUAUGCAGAGCGAGUACCUUAUGUUGUUGUUCAUGGUGAACCUGGUGCUCGGCUUUCUGAUGUUGUGGUUGAUCCUUUCGAUCUUUUAACUAUUGAUUCACCUUACAGGGUAAAUGACAUGUAUUACAUUCAGAAACAAAUUAUCCCAGCUUUGCAGCGAGUCUUUGGUCUUGUAGGAGCUGACUUGAACCAAUGGCUUCAAGGGAUGCCUAGACCAGAGCGGGAAGCCAUUGGGAAACGUGGUGUCUUUUCUCCAAAUGCUCAAAGAACAAGAAUUGAUUAUUAUUACCUUUCAAAACAUUGUAUCCUGUGUGGUGAGCUUGUUCAGGCAUUUGCUUCUCUCUGCCAUAAUUGUUCUAAGAAUGAAGCUAGUGUUGCUGUAGCUUUGACCGGAAGGACCUCUAAACUGGAAAGAGACAUUCAUCACCUUGUUGCUAUAUGCCGGCAUUGUGGAGGGGGAGAUUGGGUUUUAGAAAGUGGCGUGAAAUGCACAUCUCUUGCGUGCUCCAUUUUCUACGAAAGGAGGAAGAUUCAGAAAGAACUACAAUCGCUUUCUGCAGCAGCUUCAGAAGCAGGUUUUUAUCCCGGGUGUGUGGUUGAGUGGUUCUGAAUUUUACAGAUCGAGUAAGACUUGGUAGUAUAUUAUGAAUGAUUAUACAACUAAAAAGGGUGAAAAACAGCAGGGUCUUGCAGCCUGCAAAACUUUUGUUAUAUGUUUCUUGAUAUACAUUAGCUAACCUUAAUAUGUACAGCGCGAGUUCUCAAUAGUAGAAAGUGCCAAAAGUCAAUAUAUAUUUGUAGGGUCUUCACAUUGUUCAGGUUGUAAGAAAUUGUGUUGUACACUUGUACUUUGGAAUUGAGUUGAAAACUUGAAAUA